ACAACGCAUUCUCUCUCUAUAAAUAUCUGGGUCAUGCUCUUCUCUUCCUUGUCUUCCUUUCCCAUUCUUCUCUCUACUGUACUCGAAACUCACUUCCCCACUUAUAUAUACAAUGUCGGCUUACAAAGACCAGGAUCCUCGUCUUCAUGGCAUCAAAACUAAGAUUCGUGUCGUCCCAAAUUUCCCCAAAUCCGGUAUUAUGUUCCAAGACAUUACUACUCUAUUGCUCGAUCCCAAGGCAUUUAAGGACACGAUCGAUUUGUUCGUCGAGCGAUACAAGGGCAAAAACAUUUCUGUUGUUGCAGGAAUCGAAGCUCGAGGUUUUAUUUUUGGUCCUCCCAUUGCACUGGCUAUAGGAGCAAAGUUCGUUCCUUUGAGGAAACCAAAGAAGUUGCCUGGAAAAGUUAUUUCUCAAGAGUAUAUUCUGGAAUAUGGAAGGGACUGUAUUGAGAUGCAUGUUGGAGCUGUUGAAUCUGGUGAACGUGCUUUAGUGGUUGAUGAUUUGAUUGCAACGGGAGGAACACUCUGUGCAGCUAUGGAUUUGCUAGAACGUGUGGGAGCAGAAGUAGUGGAGUGUGCAUGCGUAAUUGAAUUACCGGAAAUGAAGGGUCGUGAGCGAUUGAACGGGAAGCCAUUGUACGUGUUGGUGGAAUAUAAGGAGAAAUGAAGUGAUGAUGUGAUGAGUGAGGUAGGUUGGAGGCAAAGAAUAUAUUUUAAGAUGACGUGUGUCUCUCUGUGGGUGCUUUCCCAUUUGGAUUCCCAUCUUAGCUUCGAGUAGGAACGAUCAAAUCAAAUUAAUGCAUUUCUGUGACCCACUCUUUGGGUCUCCCUUCUGCUUCCCCACCCCUUUUUCAAAUAAAAUUUUACAUCUUUGCCUAUAACAUCCAUCCUUCUUCUGCGUAUUUUUACUUCUCCACAUUCUAUAACAUGCAUUGCUUCUGUCAGUAAUCAUCAUCCUCGCCCAGUUUUGUUUCUGCCAGAAGAAUACCACUCACUUUAAAAAACAACACACUUUGUAACACUUAAUUAAGAGGUUGAAAAACCUUUUGUCACUCUAAACCCAGAGGCCAUUGUUUCCUGCAAAAAGGGCAAUGGAUCUUCUGCAGUUUAGAAAAAAAAAAAAAGCACACUGUUUCA